AAAAUUCCAUUGAAAUAACUUGUGGGUCUCAAGAACAAGAUGGGUGUGUUUAUUAUUAUGUGUUUAUAUGUCUUUUUUCCCUUCUUUCUCUUCCUCCUUCACGUGCAAUAUUCUGUAGAUUUGUUCAUCAAAACCCUUUAAAAACCCCAUUUUUCUCAUCAUUUUCCAUCUUUUUCAAAUGGGUUUCACUUAAAAUUAGUGAUUUUGAUCCAAAAUCAAGAGAAAAAUGGCAUUAGAAGCUGUUGUUUUCUCUCAAGAUCUUUACUCCUUGUUUGCUGGAGGCCUCAGCUUUGAAUAUCCUCAAAUCCCUCAUGAUUUUCCCGAGAAACAAACAGAAAAUCCGCCAUUGGAGCUCGAAUCAAGAACACCAAACCCAGUUAAGCCAAGAAAACGACGACCCAAAUCCCGCAAGAACAAACAAGAAAUCGAGAAUCAAAGAAUGACCCACAUCGCUGUUGAACGAAAUCGAAGAAAACAGAUGAAUGAAUAUCUCUCUGUUCUUCGUUCUUUAAUGCCAGAUUCAUAUAUUCAAAGAGGAGAUCAAGCUUCAAUCGUUGGUGGAGCUAUAAAUUUCGUUAAGGAAUUAGAACAACAAGUUCAGUUUCUCUCAACAGAUUCAAGUUCUUGUUCUUCUUGUUCUUCUUCUUGUUCUUCAUCUUCUCAAACUCAGAGCUCCUCCAUUGCUGAUAUUGAAGUAACAAUGGUGGAAAAUCAUGCAAAUUUGAAAAUCAGAUCAAAAAAACGACCAAAACAGGUCUUGAAAAUUGUAGCUGGAUUGCAAGCUCUGUUCCUCUCUGUUCUUCAUCUCAAUAUCUCAACGAUGAACCAAGUUGUUCAUUACUGUCUCAGUGUUAAGGUUGAAGACGACUGCAAGCUGAGCUCUGUUGAUGAAAUUGCUUGUGCUCUACAUCAGUUGCUUAGUAGAAUCGAAGUGGAAUCUGUUAUGAACUGAUAAUUUGUGAAAUUUGGUGUUGUUUUUGGAUUAACUUUGUGUUCUAAGCUCAGUUCUUUCAAUUUUUAUGUUUAAUUUCUGAAGAAUUUGUAAAUUUAAUCAGUGGGUUUGUUCUACGAUGUUCUUGGAAGAAGGACAAAAAGCAGUUUUCUCUGCAAAUCUCCAUGAAAAAAGGAGUUUGAAUUGAAAUUUGAAGGUCUGAUUCAAAUCUGAAAAA